AUGAAGUUAUUAAAUAAAAUAUUCUACAGGAAAUCAUAUAUAAGAAUUAAUAAAUGCUGGACACAUAACAGUAUAUAUAAAGCAUUAGAUUCAUUGGAAAAACGUCAUUUAGGUGUUAAUGGACCCAAAGAGGAAAAACAUCUCCUUAAACAAUUAGGAUUAAACGAUCUUGACACAUUUAUCAAAAAGACAAUCCCUAAUAAUAUUUUAAUAACUGAUAAAGAAAUUGAAAAUACUUUAGAUAAAGGACUAAGCGAAAGCGAAUUACUUUUUCGUUUACAUAAAUAUGCAUCAAAAAAUUCUCUUACUAAAAGUUUAAUUGGAAUGGGAUAUGUUGGAACAAAUAUUCCGACUGUUAUCCAACGUAACAUCCUUGAAAAUCCUGCAUGGUAUACCAGUUAUACUCCUUACCAGCCAGAAAUGUCACAAGGUCGACUAGAAUGUUUAAUUAACUAUCAAACUAUGAUUUCAGACCUUACAGAGCUUCCCAUAUCUAACGCUUCUUUGCUUGAUGAAAGUACAGCAGCAGGAGAAGCUAUGGUAAUGGCAUUCUCUAUUCUGAAUCAAAAACGAAAAACUUUUUACGUAGACAUAAAUGCACACCCACAAACCAUAGCAGUUCUUGAGUUGCGUUCUUCUGGUUUUGGUAUUAAUAUUGUUGUAGGGAAGCCUACAAAAGAAAAUAUAGAACCAUUAAAAGAUGACAUUUUUGGGGUCUUAUUACAAUAUCCCGAUACUUUUGGAGGAAUUCAUGAUUACACAUUUCUUUCUCAGUACAUUCAUUCUCUUAAUGCCCAUAUUAUAUGUGCUACUGAUUUACUUGCCUUAACAUUACUACAGUCUCCAAGUCAAUGGGGUGCAGAUAUUAUUGUUGGAUCAUCCCAAAGAUUCGGAGUACCUAUGGGUUUUGGCGGACCCCAUGCAGCAUUCAUUGCAUGUAAAGACAUAUAUAAACGCAAAAUUCCAGGGCGAAUAGUCGGUAUUAGCAAAGAUCGUAAUGGAAAGCUUGCAUAUCGUCUUGCUUUACAAACACGUGAGCAACAUAUUAGACGGGAAAAAGCUACUAGUAACAUUUGUACAUCACAAGUAUUACUUGCAAACAUGGCAUCUUUAUAUGCAGUAUACCAUGGUCCUAUGGGACUUAGGAAUAUAGCAGAGAAAAUUCUAAGUUUAACAAAAAUACUCGGAGAAUUUAUUAUUAAACAAGGACAUUCUUUAUAUAGUAAUAUAUAUUUUGAUACGAUAACUAUUAAAUUAAAAAAUCGCAAUUCCGAUCAAUUUCUAAAAAAAGCAUUAUCAAAAGGCUAUAAUUUACGUCCUAUUAAUGAAGAAACAAUUGGAGUAACUUUAGAUGAAACAGUAACAGAAAACGAUAUGAAAUAUCUUUUUGAAAUUUUUUCUACAAAUACUUAUAGCACAGAAACACCUAUUUCUAUGUCAAAAAAACUGAACAUAUCCUCAGAAUCACCUGCUACAUUACCAGAAAAAUUUCAACGAAAAACAACAUUUUUACAACAAAAAGUCUUUAAUUCAUAUCAUACCGAAACAGAAAUACUUCGAUAUAUACAUCAUCUCCAAUCUAAAGACAUAUCUUUAGUAUAUUCCAUGAUACCUCUUGGAAGCUGUACUAUGAAACUGAAUGCGACCACUGAAAUGUUGGGUAUUACAUGGCCUGAAUUCAAUUCUCUUCAUCCAUUUGUACCAAGUGAUCAAGCCAAAGGCUAUCAUAUGCUUAUUAAAGAAUUAGAAAAUGAUUUAUUAUUAAUUACAGGAUUUGAUGCAUGUACAUUUCAACCAAAUUCUGGAGCAAGUGGAGAAUAUACAGGGCUUCAAAUUAUAUCUAAAUAUCAUAAAGAAAAUAAACAAAGUCAUCGUAAUAUAUGUCUUAUUCCAAUAUCUGCUCAUGGUACAAAUCCUGCUUCUGCUGCGAUGGCUGGAAUGAAAGUUAUCCCUAUAAAAUGUGACUCAAAUGGAAAUAUUCAAUUAGAUGAUCUUAAAAUGAAAGCAAAUUUACAUAAAAAUAAUCUAGCUGUUUUCAUGGUUACAUAUCCUAGUACACAUGGUGUUUUCGAGCCUCAUAUUAUAGAAGCAUUAAAAAUUGUUCAUGAUUUUGGUGGACAAGUAUAUUUUGACGGAGCAAACAUGAAUGCACAAAUCGGAUUAUGCAAUCCAGCAAAAAUUGGUGCUGAUAUCUGUCAUUUAAAUUUACACAAAACAUUUUGCAUACCUCAUGGCGGAGGAGGACCAGGCGUUGGCGUAUGUGCAAUGAAAAAUCAUUUAUCACAUUACAUUCCUGGUCAUCCUGUAGUUAAGACAGGCGGGAAAAAAGCCAUUCCUUCUGUCGCUUCAGCACCUUGGGGUUCUGCUAGCAUUCUACCUAUUUCAUGGGCUUAUAUCAAAAUGCUAGGAGGAAAAGGUCUUGUUCAUGCAUCAAAAAUUGCUCUUUUAAAUGCAAAUUAUAUGGCUUCUAAAUUAUCAAAACAUUAUAAAAUAUUAUAUACUAACUCAGAAGGAAUGUGUGCUCAUGAAUUUAUUUUAGAUGUUCGUGAUUUUAAAAAAACAUCAGGAAUUGAGGCCAUAGAUAUUGCUAAACGUUUACAAGACUAUUCAUUCCAUGCACCAACAAUGUCAUGGCCAGUACCAAAUACUUUAAUGAUAGAACCUACAGAGUCAGAAAGCAUAGCAGAAAUGGAUAGAUUUUGUGAUGCAUUAAUCUCAAUAAGACAAGAGAUUAAAGAAAUCGAAGAAGGAAAACAACCUAAAGAGAAUAAUUUACUUUCUAAUGCUCCGCAUCCAUUAGAUGAUUUUAUUUCUGAAAAAUGGAAUAGACCUUAUACCAAAGAGAAAGCAGCCUAUCCUUUAGAAUACCUUAGAAAACGAAAAUUCUGGCCUUCAACUGCAAGAAUAGACGAUACCUGGGGUGAUUUAAACUUUUUUUGUAGCUGUGAACCAUCUAAUGAUUUUUUAAAUCACUGA